UGCCCCCACGGGGUGACGUUGUGGAGCAGCUCGCUGUCCCCGGGCUGCACAGUCAGUGCAUCCCCAUAGAGAGCGGACAGACAGCAAGCAAGCCGCCCACCCGCUCGCUCGCUCGCCCGCCAGCCAGCCAGCAGGCAGAAGUGAUGCUGGAGCGCUCGCAGAGGCUAAAGCAGAACGUAGCUUGAAGAGGCAGCGGAGGAAUAAAUAUAUAUAAUAUAUAUAUAUAUAGAUAUCAAUACUAAAGACGCCCUCUCGUUCAGCAGCAACCCCGAGGCGAGACCCGAGGCGAGUGUGGAUGCGACAGAGAGCAGCGGCGGUGAACUCAAGGCAACCGGGCAAUGGACCAACACGGAGCGGCGUGCGGGGAGCGCGGCUGGGCUGUCUUCUUUCAAACUGCCCUCCUGCUUCUGGGAUCCAACCCGGGACUUCAGCACUUCGCCUACGGAAUGGAUCUACCAGGAGGAACACGGUUGCAGCAGGCCACCCCAGCAUGGAACAAUUCCAGCGAUUCAGAUUAUUACCUGAUCCUUGAUGAGCCAAUGAAUAAUAUCACAACCUCGCUUGGUCAGACGGCAGAGCUGUACUGUAAAGUGUCCGGCAAUCCGGCACCCUCCAUCCGAUGGUUGAAGAACGACGCUCCUGUUGUCCAGGAACCGCGGAGGAUAUCCUACCGACUGACGAACUAUGGCUCCCGGCUCCGAAUACGAAACCUCGACACCACCGACACGGGAUAUUUCCAGUGUGUGGCCACAAAUGGGCAAAAGUCCGUGUCAACCACCGGUGUGCUUUUUGUCAAAUUCGGGCCUCCGCCGACUCCAAAUUCAGGCAAGGAAACACAAGUUACGUUUGAAGAAGAUGGCUUUUGUCAGCCCUAUAGGGGCAUCGCCUGUGCAAGGUUCAUUGCAAACAGCAGCAUUUAUGUGGACUCUCUACAAAUGCAAGGAGAAAUUGAGAACCAAAUCACAGCUGCUUUCACGAUGAUAGGGACCUCGAAUCAUCUGACAGACCGUUGUUCGCAGUUUGCCAUCCCCUCGCUGUGUCAUUUUGCAUUCCCGUACUGCGAUGAUACAUCGUCGAUGCCCAAACCUCGUGACCUUUGCAGAGAUGAGUGCGAGAUCCUGGAAAAUGACCUGUGCAAGACCGAAUAUAUCUUUGCCAGAUCCAACCCUUUGAUCCUAAUGAGACUGAAGCUACCAAACUGUGAAGAUCUUCCCAUGCCAGACAGCCCAGAGGCUGCAAACUGCAUGCGCAUUGGAAUUCCAAUGGCAGAACCUAUAAAUAAAAAUCACAAAUGUUUCAAUAUCAGUGGUAAUGAUUACCGUGGCACAGUGAGCUCAACCAAAUCAGGGCAGCAGUGUCAGCCAUGGAACUCCCAAUAUCCACACAGUCAUUCUUACACUGCCGUUAAAUAUCCCGAGCUCAGUGGUGGCCAUUCCUAUUGCCGGAACCCAGGAAAUCACAAGGAUGCUCCUUGGUGCUUCACUCUGGAUGAGACCGUGAAAUUGGAGUUGUGUGAGAUUCCUCUGUGUGAUUCCAAAGAAAGCACCAAGAUGGAGAUUCUUUAUAUCCUGGUCCCCAGUGUGGCAAUUCCUCUGGCAAUUGCUCUUUUGUUCUUCUUUAUCUGUAUUUGUCGUAACAAUCAAAAGUCGUCCACGCCUGUCAUCCAACGGCAGCCAAAACCCGUACGAGGCCAAAAUGUUGAAAUGUCCAUGCUCAAUGCGUACAAACCAAAGCAGAGCAAAGCAAAGGAGUUGCCUCUUUCUGCCGUUCGUUUUAUGGAAGAGUUAGGAGAAUGUGCUUUUGGAAAAAUCUACAAAGGUCAUCUUUACCUCCCAGGAAUGGAUCAUGCGCAACUUGUUGCGAUAAAGACCCUCAAGGACUUUGGUAAUUCGCAGCUUUGGGCAGAGUUCCAGCAGGAGGCAUCCCUGAUGUCAGAACUGCAUCAUCCCAAUGUCGUCUGCCUACUUGGGCUGGUGACACAGGAGCAACCAGUCUGCAUGCUAUUUGAAUACAUGAACCAUGGUGACCUUCAUGAAUUUCUCAUCAUGAGAUCGCCCCAUUCUGAUGUUGGCUGCAGCAGCGAUGAAGAUGGAACUGUCAAAUCAAGUCUGGACCAUGCAGAUUUUUUGCACAUCUCCAUCCAGGUAGCAACCGGGAUGGAAUACCUGUCCAGUCAUUUUUUUGUUCACAAGGACCUUGCUGCACGCAACAUCAUUAUUGGUGAGCAACUGAGAGUGAAGAUAUCUGAUCUUGGUCUUUCAAGAGAGAUAUAUGCCGCUGAUUAUUUCAGGGUACAAAAUAAGUCCCUCCUUCCAAUUCGCUGGAUGCCCCCUGAAGCUAUAUUGUUUGGGAAGUUCUCUAGCGACUCAGAUAUUUGGUCUUUCGGCGUGGUGCUAUGGGAGAUCUUUAGUUUUGGGCUGCAGCCAUAUUAUGGAUUUUCUAAUCAAGAGGUGAUAGAAAUGGUAAGGAAGAGGCAAUUACUCCCAUGCCCAGAGGAUUGCCCUCCUAGAAUGUAUGACCUAAUGACAGAAACCUGGAAUGAGAUCCCAGCUAGAAGACCACGAUUUAAGGAUGUUCAUGCCAGACUUAGAUCCUGGGAAGGACUAUCAAGCCAUACCAGUUCCACAACGCCAUCUGGUGGGAAUGCCACAACCCAGACGACAUCUCUCAGUGCAAGCCCAGUUAGUAAUCUCAGUAACACAAGGUAUCCAAUUCAUAUAUAUCAAGCACAGGGCAUACCCCAGGGGCAGAUGGGUGGCCUCAUUGGUCCACAAAUAGCCCAGCAUCAAAGAUUCAUUCAAGUUAACAGUUAUCCUAUGCCUGCAGGAUAUGCUGCAUAUCCAACUACUCAUUACCAGCAAGGACCGCCACGAAUCAUUCCGCAUGGUCCACCACCGAAGAGCCGAUCACCCAGUAGCGGGAGUGGAUCGACGAGCACUGGUCAUGUGACAAGCUUGCCUUCUUCAGGAUCAAAUCAUGAUGCAAACACUCCAUUGCUAUCUCAUCAUCUAUCCAUGGCAAGCCAUCCUGGUGGACAUAGUGUGCCGAUCUUUACACACAUAUCCCACAAAACAAUGCAAAUGGACCCAAUCCAGGCAACACUACUGGGGGACAGUGAUGGACAGUUGAUAAAUGAAUCCAUUAUUAGAGCUGAAUUGUAAAAUAUAUACAUACAUAUACAGGAAAGAACUGCAGAUGCUGGUUUAAAUCGAAGGUAGACACACAAUGUUGGAGUAACUCAGUGGGACAGGCAGCAUCUCUGCAGAGAAGGAAUGGGUGACGUUUCGGGUCGAGACCCUUCAUCUGAAGAAGGGUCUCGACCCGAAAUAUCACCCUUUCCUUCUUUCCAGAGAUGCUGCCUGUCCCGCUGUGUUACUCCAGCAUUUUGUGCCUACAUACAUAUAUAUAUAUAUAUAUAUAUAAAUAUAUAUUCUUAGAAUUUGUUUCAACAGUUUUAAUAAUUAUGUAUAAUCUAAUUUUAGAAAGAUAAUAGGGAACAAAACAAAGAUUUAUAUACAUGAUAACACAGCUCGUGAAGUCUGUUAGCAACCUAACAUUCUCAUCCUGACUUAACAGCAAUGGAUGCCUUCUGCAGUAUAUUUUUUCACCCGUUUCCUCCAUUUGUGUCCUGAGAGUGCAUUUUCUGGGUUGCAUGUUUGACAUCAGCAAUCAGCAUCAGACUAUUCCUCUACAGCCUUUCUUCCAAGGUAAGCCUGCAAUCUGUAUAGAUGGGCAGUUCAACGUUGGAGGACAUAUUUGUUCUACCUUAUGCAGACUUACCUGAAGGUAAGACACGCACUCGCCUUUCAACAUGAGUCUCUGAAUUGUGGUCUGCGUUUGAUCAACAUCGACUCUCCCUUUGCCAAUAUAGAAUGCUGAGACAUGUUGUAUAUACCAGGUAUUGGCCUGGAUGAGAUUGUGUGCAGCAGGAACAACGAAGGAGCCAAGGAGCUUCACCUCUGUAAAUUUCUGUAUUACACUGGGCAUUGUAUUGGAUCCUUGGAAGGCUGCACCAAAGACUUUUUUCAGAUAUUCAUUAUUCAAUGUACAGAAUCUGCACAUAACCAUAAAAGUACUUCAGUUACGUGGUUUGCGGAGAGAAAAAUCUGCAUACACAGAAGAAAAUAAGAUAUUUCAUUGAAAAAUCUACUUUUUUUUUAAAGAGAAACACUAAUAAUUCUGCUGAUUUUUAAAAGAAAAUCAACAUUUUGAAGAUAUCUCCUUCUAGAAGCAAUUCUCUGAAUUGUCUGGUUCUUUAUGAUUUCUCUUAGAAUGGUUGGAUUUGAUUUUUAUUGAAUUCAUAUGUUUUGGGGAAAUGAUCAUGGCGACAUAGUAAAAGACUACAGCUAUAACAUGUUUGAUUUGAGACACAUUAUAAAUUAGAAUUUUUAAAUUUAUAUAAAUAGUAAGUUUAAUUUUCACUUAUAUUUGUUGCUAUGCAACUAUUUAAUGUAAAUUGGUCCAACAUGCAAGCUUUGAGAUGACAAUCAACUUUUUUUAUUGGGGAUAUUACUUUGUGUUUGGGAAUCUGAUUUAGUGAAUAAACUGAAGUGAUAGAGAGAAUGACUAUUCAGUAAAAUAAUACUUAAUUUGAUGCUGAAAAGAGAGCAUGCCAGGAAAUGUUGCCGAUUCUCAUAAGAUAACAUUGAGGGCAAUUUGUCCUUAUUCUCGUGCAUUGAAAGAUCUGGUUAAUAGAUGACCUCAAUGAGCAUCAACCUACUUCAUUACAAACAACUGGACACAUUUUUGCCUGAUGUGUGAGCUGCCAUGUUGUGCAGUUGCUGAGGUUGUAUAAAGUUUUUAAUGAUGAUACAUGAACUAAACUAUCGGUUACAACUCGCAGUGUGAUCUGAAUUUGAUUUGCCCUACUGACAGACAUUUUCAUUUACAAAACCACUUCCUGCAAAUAUUUUGUGAUGAGGUGUGCUUUAUAUUUUCUAUUUUUGAAUAUCUAUUGUUUGUAUAUUUUACUAGGACACAAGCUGGUUAAUAUGUUUGUAAUGAGAAGGCAAGCAUUCAUGGCUAAUACGAUAUGUGGGUUAUGUUGUAAUAGGAUUUAUUUCUCCACAAAUGUUUUUGCACAGAUGUUUUUUUUUUAAUGUUUUGUAUGAAGAAUUUCAAAUACAUCCCUGCAUUGUA